AUGUUCUCACUCGUGGUUGCAGGCAGAUUGCCGCAGACCAAUCUCCAGCAGGUCGACGCAACUCGUUUCCUCUUCCAAGUCCCUGAAGCGAGCUCUGUCAACCAUCUUGUUGUCUUUCUCAGCACCCAGCCUUUUCCACCGGGCUAUGGAGCAACCGUACAUUUCAACCUGCCAGGCAAAGACACCUGGCAGCUCCUCGGCAAGCUCUCGAACGAUAAACCCUCUGCCAUCUUUCGUCUCAAGGCCAUCACCGCCUCGACAUUGACCGCAUCACAAGGACUGGCUUUUGCAAGUGCAACGGCAGUCGACACGCUCAAUAUCGGCAUACAGUGUGAGCCUUUGGAGCAGAUCGAAGCAGAUCUCACUGCGGCCGAGGCGCGCCCGCACGCUAGUCAGGAGGCAUCUGCGGCGAUGCCGACCGAUGAGCCAUCACAAAGUUUGGCUCUCGUCACCCGGACAGCUCCAACAGAGGCCGUCGACCCGCUCUUGAUGGCUGCUGGGAAGCUUGCAAAGAAUCUUUUCACAUAUCUCUCUUCGUUCAGCCAGAGCGACGCGCCGCACUACUUCAGCCUGGCCGACGUCGAGCGAUGGUACCGCAAUGUUGAGCAGAAGCUGCGCAAUGGAGGCAUGGCCUGGUUACAGGCGCAAGACUAG